AUGUCGAGUUUUGCAAGUUCCAAGGAUCAAAAUCUUGUUGUUGGGGACGUCAAAUAUUAUGGAGUAGUGGAGGAUAUCAUUGAGUUAGAUUAUUUUCGAUAUUUCAAAGUGGUAUUGUUUCGCUAUUCCAAAGAAAAGCAUUUGCAUUAUGUUAUGGAAACUAUCCCCGGAGACUUCUUUGAUAUGAGUGAAGAAUCAAAUGGUGAUAUUGGAGUUUCUUAUUGGAAUGAAUCUGCUAGCGAUGGUGUUCGCCCAGGGGCAACUGUUGCUGAUGACUAUGAUGUUAGUUGGUUGAGAGAGGACUUGCCUACCACUAAUGUUGACAUUCCAGAAUACAUGUUAGAAAUGCAAGCAAAGUCGGAAAUUGAUGAUUCGGAUGAUAAAAUCGAGGACAAUACUCUAUGGGAUUUCAUGCAAGCUUGCAAUCGUUACGGGGUUUCAGAAACUGCUUUUGGUGUUGGUCCUCGUUUCUUUGUUGGUUUGGCUGGCUAUGCUUGUAGCUGCUUUCCUACUCAGCUGUUUGCUGUUGUUAUUUUUGUCCUGUUCUGGUGCAGGUCUGGUUUCUCUCGCUUUCCUGUACUGCUAGGAGCUGCUAGUGUGCUGCAGGUCUGGCUUCUCUUGUUCUCUGGUCUGCUGGGAGCUGCUGUUCUCACUGUUGUGGUUCUUUGUUGCUGGAUUGCAGGUUGUCUUCAGGAAGGUUUUUGUUUAUUUAGAGGUCUUGCUGUUGCUUUUAGCUGUCUAGUUUGUGUUGUUGUUUGGUUGUUCUGUGUAGCUCGAUGUUUGGUGGGCAUGGGAUUAGGUGCUAUUCUAGUUUUACUCACUUGGUUUCUAGAGUUUGUACCUACACCAAGCAGGGGUACUUGGAUGGUCCUUUUCCAAGCCUUUUGGACCAUUGGUUUUAUUAUUGAGGUUGCUUUGGCGUGGAUUAUAAUGCCAAAAUUGGGAUGGAGAUGGCAGUUAGGAUUAUCUGUUCUACCAUCAUUCGUGAAAAUGGCCAAAAUAAAUGGCAAAGAAUUGCCUCCCAGUGCACUUGUAACUAAUAUGGAGCAAGAAGAGAUGAAUAAUCCUACAAAAGUGGUUUCAGGAGAAGAAGGUGAUGCAGUAGCUUCUAAGUAUGAGGAUAUUGAUAUGUCUGUCAUUCGAUCUUGUAAAGUACUUCUUUCGAGGAAGCUAGCUCCCACCACUUUGCUCCUUUGGGUCGUUUUCUUUGGUAAUGCAUUCGCGUACUAUGGUAUCGUGUUGCUCACAACUCAGGUGAUCACCAAGGAUAAUACUUGUGAUUCUCAUAUUGUUCAUAAGAAAGAGAAUACUAAGCCUGAUAUUGAUUACAGAGAUGUGUUCAUCACUAGUUUUGCUGAACUCCCUGGACUCUUUAUCGUUGUCAUCUUAAUUGAUCGGAUUGGUCGGAAGUACUCAAUGGCGAUUAUGUUUGUUGCUAGUGCGAUAUUCCUACUUCCUCUUGUAAACCAUCAGUCAGAUACUGUCACAACAGUUCUGAUGUUCGGGGCUCGUGCUUCUAUAAUGGGGAGUUUCACCAUCGCCUUCAUCUUUGCUCUAGCAGGCAGUCGCUAGCCGUUAGCAGUAGCCAGCAACUAGCAGGCAGUAGCAAGCCGCCAGAAUAAUUAUGGAAAAACCUUACAGACUUGCACUGUUAGCCCUGUUAUAAAGCUCACAAUACUCUUUUAUGACCAAGACUAUGUUUAGCAGAACCAUAAAUUAUAUUACGAGUUUACGACUUAAAUAGAUGAAGAGAGAGGAUAAGGACUGAGGUUGGCUUUGUUUUGUAGGCAAUUGGGGGAAAGAGAUGUGAGUUUCUCUAUUGAUUUCGCUAUAUUUCUUGCUCAUUACACUUAUUACGUACAGUUACAACUUACGAGAUCAGUCUAAAAUUUUAGUUCUAAUAAUUCUGAAAUUGGAUUUGACAGAUAAGAUUGUGAUGAUGUUUUGGGUGUGAUUGUUUUCAGCUUGAUGCUACAUCGUUUGAUUAGGGGAAUUAUUAUUUCUUUUAUUGUUGUUAUUUGUAAGUGAGAUUGAUAAGUUUCUAGAGUAUUUGGUUUGAAGGAACCAAGCUAUUUUCAGGAAUGUCGUGGUAAUCCCCCUUGGAAAUUAUCAAGCAAGAUGAUCAUUGGUGUGCAUGUUGCCUGUUGCUUAUACAUGCUAGUGCUGUGUACUGUUGGUUUGUUGUCUGCUCUGUCAACUGGUGCAGGCUUCUGUUUUUUCCUGUCUGCUCCUGUUCUGGUGUCUGGCUUUUGCUGCUGUUGUUUUGGUUAUGUAGACCCCUGAAGCUUAAGUUCUUAUUCCUGUUCUGUCUUGCCAGUCUGUUGCAGUUUGUUGUCUGUUUUCUGCUGUUGUUCUGUCUGUGCUGAUUUCUGAAGCCCAGGUUUGGCAAAGCAUGUUAGCUAUCUCCUGAUUGUUUGUUGCUGUCUGGUGUUGUGCGAUGGUUGUUGCUGUUGUUCUGCUAGGCUGGGUGUUGUAGAGUCAGCUUGGUGUUGUGCUGGUUUCUGCUACUGCUGUACAGUUGCUGGUUUUGGUUUAUUUUUUUUUUGUUGUUUUUCUUGACUUCUCAAAGUUUGUAAUCGUUGUAGUUGUUUUUUUGUUGCUUUGUUGCUGCCUGUUUUCUUUGUAGUCCUUGUUGGUAGCUUGCUUUUUGUCAUGUUCGUUUGGCUUCGGAUAAUCCUCCUAGAGGGUAGCUUGUUUCCAUUGAGUUCAAAAGGGUCGUGUUUGGUUCAAGGUUCUUAGGAACCCUUCCUAGAAGGUGGCCUUUAGGCCUUGGGCUUUGGCUGGAGUUUGUGUGCCCUUAGGGGCUUUUGGUGUUUUGAAGCUUAGGCCUGAGGGCUAUUUGUAUUCUCUUUUUGCUGCUUUGCAGCUCCUUUUGGUAAUAAAAUUUACUAUUUACCAAAAAAGAAAAAUUUAUAACAUUAUCUCCAAUUAUUCUGAUUGUGAUUAAUGUCAAUGCGCUCACCUCUUUAUUCUGCUAUGUGAAUCUUUUUCAGGUGUAUACCACUAAAAAUGGACAAGGCAUGAUAGGUCAAAUUGCCUACAGACAUUAUAGAAGGGUAUGUAUAACCAAAUUGUUCUGAUAUGUCACUUUGCUCAUGUUACUAAAUAUUUUAAGCUUUGCUGUCAUAUAUCUUAGUACCAUGAAAAUUCUCCCUUUAUUUCCUGCUAGAAUUCAGUGAAAUUGAAUGAAACACCACAACAUUGUCAGUCAUACUAUUUGCACUUUAGGGAAGAUGGCCAUUGCUUGAUUUUGUUCUUGACAGGAAAGUGGAAGAAGUUGUAAGAUGUCUAAAAAGAAGGGUACUACGAAGAAAAAGUGCAAGUUUUAAGCUGUUAGCAAUGUAGAAUGCUAGAAUUAGUCUUCUUUGUGAUCUCUUAGCUUUUUUUUUGUUUAAAAAAGAUAGUCAU